CAAACAAAACCAAUAACACAGCCCAGAAAGAAAGAGAGGGAAAGUGAGAGAAAAUAGAGAGAGAGAGAGAGAGAGAGAGAGCGCCAUUUUUAACACCAUUUCUCUGUAUCACGCAUUUCCAUGCUUUGAAUUUUUAAAAAAUUUAUUUCAUAAAUUUCUUGUGUCCUUUAAGAUAAUAAAUCCCCAAAAUAAUUUUUUUUGGGUAAAAAAAUCUAUCUGUCUUUUUUUUUUUUUUUUCUCUCUCUUUCUGGGGUGUCUCAGAUUCAUAUAAUACAAACAUGGAAUUUCAAACUGAGUUGUGACUCUGAUUCUAUCUCUCUCUCUGUAUAUCUGUCUGCAUGGACGGUCACAACGCGAUUUCAUCGAUCUCGACGGUCAGAUUUGCAUCCUCCGUCACUCAUUUUCAUGCACCAAAUCCCACUUCCUUAUCAUCUUUGGAUCUGGGGUUGUUCACCAUGCUUCGUUUGUGGGGACAGGCAUGGAGAUCAUGAGCAGUACUGGAUUUUGUGACGGUUUUGGUGGUGCCGCUGGUGGUGGUGACGGUGACGGUGACUGUGACGGUAACGGUAACGGCGUCAGUGGUGGCGAAGAAGAACCAUUAGCAUUAAUCUCCGCUGGUUUUGGGUUUUGUUUCUUGUGCGUGGCUAUAUUAUGGGCUGCGGAGCAUCCAAGGUCGACGACUUGCCGUUGGUGACACUGUGCAGAGAGCGUAAGGACCUGAUCAAGGCGGCGUCGAAUCACCGCUACGCUCUCGCCGCAGCCCACGUGUCGUACUUCCAGUCGCUCAGAGACAUUGGCGACGCGCUUCGCAAAUUCGUGGAUGAAGAGCUCGUGAUCAGUACUAGUGCAGGUGGGUCGUCUUCGUCCCCUGGCUCACCGGUCCUCACAUUGCCCUCCGACGAAGGAAAGAAGAAGAAGAAGAACAGCCACUACAACAAACCGAAGUCCGGCGAGGAUUUCAAGAACUCGUCAUCGUCGACUUCGAUCUCGCAUGGUAAUUCUCCGGUAGAAGAGGAAGAACUUGAAGGGUCGCAUGUGCAUUUGUCAUCUGGGUCCGAGUCCGAUUCCGAAUUGGGUUCUUCUCCGGGUCACAUUCACAUUGAAGACAGCCCAGAAGAACAGUCGGAUCGGAGACCUCAUUCUUAUGGAUAUGGUUAUGGUAAUGGUUAUGGUUAUGGAUAUCCACCUCCUCAAGAGUGGAACUCUGUGCCUAAUCCUGGACCAUAUCCGUCGUAUACGCAUUAUAAUUUCAUGAAGAAGUCCGGGACGCCGUUACAGUCUUUUGUGUACGAAGAGCCCGAGACUUAUCGGACUCCAAAUGGGCAAUGGCCCGAUUCCUCUUACGGGUAUGGGUCUUAUCCGCAAUAUAGCGGUGGUGGGUUUUUCGGGUCCCCAAUGGGUUCUUCGCCGCCGCCGCCAAGUGAUUAUUAUCAAUAUCGACAGCCGAGUCCACCGGCUCCUCCGCCAGCUCCGCCUUCGCCACCAAGGGUAUCUACUUGGGAUUUUCUCAAUAUCUUUGAUACCACCGAUAAUGGUGGUUAUCCGGGUUACUAUACACCUGGCAGAUACAGGUACGGAUCGACCACGAGCAGUCCAGAUUCGAAUGAGGUGAGGCAGAGAGAAGGAAUUCCUGAUUUGGAAGAUGAAACAGAGCAAGAAGCUGUGAAAGAAUCCCACAAGUUGAAGAAGAAAGUAGAGGAAGACAGCACGAAUAGGAAUAGGAAUUCAGGUGAGGGUACUUCAAGAGCUGUGCCAUCAAAAAAGAGUAGCGAAGGGAGUUCGAGGUCAGUGCCGUUGAGAAGCAGUGAUAGUUCACAGUCUGUUCAAGAGCCUGAGAUAAAAAGCACUCCAGACACAAUUGAGACCAUUGAUUCUACUACCGUGUCCAAAAGCCCUGAGGAGGAGUAUGCUAGGAAGAAAAGUGUGAGUUUUGAGGUUGAAGAGGCACCCAGUUUGGACGUUGAAUCUUCAAAACAGAGUAGCUUGACCACAUUGUCGGCACACGGUACGAGGGACCUUCAGGAGGUUGUCAAGGAAAUCAAGGAUGAAUUUGAGAUUGCCUCUGGUUAUGGGAAAGAAGUAGCAGUAUUGCUUGAGGUGGGGAUGCUGCCAUACCAGCCCAGGGACAAUCUACUUAAAGCAAUUUUUACCAGGAUCCUGUACCUUAUAGCACCUUCCAUGUUAUCUUCACCCCCUUCGUCCCGUCCGUCAAUACAAUUAUCUUCUAGAACUGUGAAAGUGGCAAAAGCAUACUACAGAGAAUCUAGCAAAGAUUUCAGCAUGAAGUAUGGGAAUCUUUCGUCAACUUUGGAGAAACUAUAUGUUUGGGAGAAGAAGCUAUAUAAGGAAGUUAAGGAUGAAGAAAGGCUUCGGAUUAUUUAUGAAAAGAAGUGCAAGAGACUAAAAUUUUUAGAUGAUCAUGGAGCUGAGUCCGGUAAGAUUGAAGCUACCCAGGCUUCAAUACAAAAAUUGCAUACUAAAAUUAAUGUUUGCAUCAGAGCUGUGGAUUCAAUAGCAACUAGGAUACAUAAAUUGAGAGAUGAAGAGUUGCUGCCCAAACUCACAGAAUUAAUUCAUGGAUUUAUAAGAAUGUGGAAGUCCAUGCUUAGAUGUCAUCAGAAACAGUUCCAAGCUAUCAUGGAGAGCAAAAUUCGCUCUCUUAAAGCGAACACUGACAUUCAAAGAGAUGCGGGUCUGAAAGCCACACGUGAACUUGAAUUAGAGCUUUUGAAAUGGUGCAACUGCUUUAACAAUUGGAUCAACAGCCAAAAGUCCUACAUUGAGUCCUUAAAUGGUUGGCUUUCUAGGUUCCUUAACCAGGAACCUGAAGAAACCCCUGAUGGGAUUGCUCCAUUCUCCCCAGGUCGCAUUGGAGCUCCAACGAUUUUCGUAAUUUGCAAUGACUGGUGUCAAGCAAUGGAAAGAAUUUCAGAAAAAGGAGUAGCAGAGGUGAUGAAUGAUUUUGCUUCUACACUACACCAACUAUGGGAAAGGCAUGAUGAGGAGCAACGACAGAGGAUAAAAGCAGAAUUUCUCUCUAAAGAUUUUGAGAAACAACUUAGAAGCUUACGCAUGGAGAGAGGGAAACUUGGACAAGACCAUGAUGCAUCAUCGGACAAAACAGCUCUGUCUAAGGUUGCUUCUGAGAGCGGAGUUUCACCACUUGAUGAUUUAAAAGUGGAUUUAGAUUCAAUGAGAAAGAAAAUAGCCGAGGAGAGAGCAAGACAUAAGGAGGCCAUCAAGCUGGUCAACGAUGCGGCUUCCAAUAGUUUGCAAGCAGGUCUGAUCCCAAUAUUUAAGGCUCUAGGUAAUUUCACUUCAGACGUUUUGAAAGCUCAUGAACAGGUCAGAUUUCAAAACGCUGAAGGAGCAUAAGAGAUUGUAUUAACUCUUCUGUAUAAGUAGACAGGUUGGAUGAUUUUUGAGGAGUAGCACCGCCUGUAUAUGAACAGCUAUUCCCCAAUAGAUCAAAAAUUUAGAAUGGUUAGAUUAGCAGAGGAAAAAGAAUGUGAACAAAAGGAAAAAAAAAAAAAAGGUGGAUUUUAGGAUGCAGGAUAGCAGUUUUAAGGUUGUGUUCUAAAAGGAAAAUGAGGGUUUUAGAAUUGCUAACAAAAUGGAGGAAAGAUUUUUGUAUGAGGGAUCUGUUUUGACACUUGGGGGUGCCUAAAAAAGUUCCAGUUUCAUAUUUUAAAGGUUACAUCUGCAGCAACAAUCCCUCUCCCUGAGAAUACUAGAAGGUUUGUAUAGAAAUUCAUUUAUUGGUUGAUUGGUCUAUAGAUGGCAAUAUCCUUUGUUAUUGGUAGGUUUGUAUGGAGGGUAUUCGUUUAGUUGUAUCAGAGUAACUAUAAAAUUUUGGUUGAGCUGGUUCAGUAUGUACAGAUAUUUAUAUUAUUUUCUUGCUAUCAAUUAUCUAACUUUUUCUACUUCAA